UGGGCGUGGCGCCCGCGCAGGCCCCGCCCCCUUUCCUCGCGGCGGUGGCGGCUGGAGGGAGCCUGGGCCCGGCAGGGCGGCGACGACGAAGGAGGAGAGGAGGAGGAAGAUGGCGGUGGUGGCGGCGGCGGCCGCCUGGCUGUGGAGCGGGCUCUGGAGCGAAGGCUUCUGGUUCCCGGCCAACGUGACCUGGGCCGACGUGGAACGGGGCGGCGGCGGGGCCGGAUACCGCGCGGGCCACGUUCUGGCCGCCUUCCCUUUGGCCGGAGGCAUCUUCGUCCUCAGGCACUUCUUCGAGAGAUUUAUUGCCAAACCAUGUGCUGUACAUCUUGACAUUCAAGAUAAUGGACCUCGCAGAGCUCAGCCCAAUGCAAUUCUAGAAAAAGUGUUUACAUCUAUCACCAAGUGCCCAGAUGCAAAAAGGUUAGAGGGUUUGUCAAAACAGCUUGACUGGGAUGUCCGAAAAAUCCAAUGUUGGUUUCGUCAUCGGAGGAACCAGGAUAAACCAACCACCCUUGCAAAGUUCUGUGAGAGCAUGUGGAGGCUAAUAUUUUAUUUAUGUAUAUUUAUCUAUGGACUCAAAUUUCUUUGGACGUCACCCUGGUUUUGGGAUACACGACAAUGUUGGCACAACUAUCCUUUUCAGCCCAUAACACCUGGCCUUUACUACUAUUAUUCAGAACUGGCCUUUUACUGGUCUCUUAUGUUUUCACAGUUUACAGAUAUUAAGCGAAAGGAUUUCCUGAUCAUGUUUGUCCACCACUUAGCUACAGUUGGGCUCAUCACGUUUUCCUACAUGAACAAGAUGGUGCGAGUAGGAACUCUGGUGCUUUGUGUUCAUGAUGCAUCAGACAUCUUAUUAGAAGUGGCAAAACUGGCCAACUAUGCCAAGUAUCAGCGACUGUGCGAUGCCACCUUCAUACUGUUUUGUGUGGUGUUCAUUGUUACCCGUUUGGGGAUCUAUCCUGUUUGGAUAUUGAAUACAACCUUGUUUGAAAGUUGGGAAAUCAUUGGCCCUUAUCCAUCAUGGUGGUUGUUCAAUGGAUUGCUUUUAAUCUUACAAGUUCUACAUAUUUCCUGGUCAUAUUUCAUCAUUCGCAUUGCCUACAAAGCCUUGGCACGAGGAAAGGUAUCAAAAGAUGAGCGCAGUGAUGUCGAGAGUAGCUCUGAAGAAGAAGACAUGACUUCAAAUAAUAGAAAAGGAAUCUUUAGCCCUUCAAGCAAUGACAACAAUCGGAUUAAUGGUCAUGUAACCAGUGACCAAUGGGUAGAAGAGGAGUAAGGUUAUGGGACUGAGAGGCUGUCAGAAAAAAAAUAGACUUGCAUUCAAACGUCUGAAUAUGUCAUGCUCCACUUUCCCAAGAAAUCUUUAAUCAAGCUGUGCCUUCACUCUCAAUUCCUCCAGCAAAUCGGAAAGAGGGACAGUGCAAACAGAAGAGAUCAAGCUGAUUACCUGUGCAACAGCAAUUUCUGGUUUCACUUUUUAAAGCGAAUAAGCCAUUUUGUAUUUAAUAGUAUCUCAUGUUUGUUGGGGUGUUUGUGUUUCUGUCUUUGGUCUGUGUCUGUGUGAGAGAGAUUGAUUGGGAUGAGAAGGAGGAAGGCUUGUUGCUAAGAUCAACUCAAAUUUAGAGGGGAAGUAUUUCGACUGGGGCUCUGACUUUUCGCAUGGUUCUGCCUACCAUUUCAUUGCACUCCAGGAUUUUAUGACUGUGUAGUAUACUUUGAUCUGCUCUAUGCUCCUGGAAGCCAUGAUCAAAGUUGAACCCCUAAGGGUGUGGGCUGUUCUACAGCUAACCAUAGCAAGCUUGCAACUGUGGUAGAAAGAGACAGGUGAAGAAUUUGCUUAGUAGUGCAUGGCAUCCAAAAGCCAAAAUUUUGUCUUGUUUGGAUGGGGAAGAGAGAGCUGGCAUUCAUUAUUUUCGGGAUGUGGGUACUGGGGUAGCAUCUCCGAAGUCUUCACUUUGAUCUCUUAAAAUCACCUGCUUUCCCUACACAUUCUAUGGAUUUGAAGUCACAUAGGAAUUCCAGAAAGAGGUGGAUGUUUGUGGGCUAGGAUAAUAGACACGGGGAAUCUGUUGUGUGUUGCUGACCUUUCCUUUGGAGCAAGUUGCAAACAUGCCCAUGCAUUUUCAGAAGAGAAGGAGGUGUGCUACGCUUACUACAGAGCCUUGUGGUUUAUUCUCACUGGAAUGGAGAGGCUACCCCAUAUGGACUUGGCCCUUUUUUUCUUUUCUUUUUUUACUUAAAGGUACUGCAGGGGCAUAUGGAAGGUGGCAGUGUUGUCAUGACCAGGACUUUGAAAAUUCCCUGAGUUAUUAUCAUUUUAUACUAUUGUUUACUCUGUGAUUAAAAGUUUUGCUUGAAAAA